GCGGGAUUUGGAUCAGUUCGUUAAGAGUACAAAAAAAAAAAGGGAUUAAUUUGGCAGCAACGAGAUUAUUCUAACAAACAAUGAAAAGAACCUUUUGAUUCUUUUCAAUCUCUAGUUGAAUCUUCUUCUGAUAAAAGGAUCAGCCACAACCAGAGACAUAGCCAUGGUCGAACCUAAACCUCGACGAAAACAUUUUCUUCUAUUAGCGUAUCAGAGUUUUGGUAUAGUGUUUGGUGACCUGAGCACUUCACCUCUUUAUGUUUAUAAAAGUAUAUUUUCUGGGGGACCGCGCCAUUAUCAAACAGAGGACACGGUUUUUGGAGCUUUUUCUGUAAUAUUUUGGACUUUAACUUUUUUCUCCUUGUUCAAGUAUGCUGUUUUCAUGUUGAGUGUGGAUGAUAACAGUGAGGGGGGAAUUUUUUCUUUGUAUUCACUUCUUUGUAGACAUGCGAAAUAUUGUUUGCUUCCUAACCAGCAAGCCGCUGAUGAAGAGCUUACCACAUAUCAUAGUGAAGGUAAUUUGAAUAGAAAUGUGCCUUCCUCUUCAUUCAAGAAGUCCGCUGAGAGGCGCAAGAAAACAAGAACAGCUAUGCUUCUUGUGAUUUUGUUUGGUGCUAGUUUGGUUAUUUCUAUAGGUGUACUCACCCCUGCAAUUUCUAUCCUUUCAUCUGUUGAGGGGCUGCAACUUCAAGACAAGAAUUUGCAUCAUGGAAUGGUGGUUCUCAUUGCCUGCAUUGUAUUGAUUGGCCUUUUUGUUUUGCAAUAUAGUGGCACACACAGGGUUGCCUUCAUUUUUGCUCCCAUUGUGAUCUUGUGGUUGCUGUCUAUUGCCAUUAUUGGUGCCUACAAUAUCAUUCAUUGGAACAGAAGAGUAUACCUGGCUCUUUCCCCACAUUAUAUCUACAAGUUUUUUAGGAACACUGGAAUAGAUGGUUGGAUAUCUCUCGGAGGGAUACUUUUAUGUAUUACUGGAACUGAAGUUAUGCAUGCAGAACUUGGGCAAUUCACAGCUUCAUCAGUAAGGGUUGCAUUUUCUUUUGUUGUGUAUCCAUGUCUAGUGCUACAGUACAUGGGGCAAGCUGCAUUUAUUUCAAAAAAUUUUUCUUCAGUAUCCAUGAGUUUCUAUUCUUCAAUUCCAGAUUCGUUAUUCUGGCCGGUCCUGGUGAUGGCAAUAUUAGCUACAAUUGUUGCCAGCCAAGCUGUAGUCUGUGCCACAUUUUCAAUUGUCAAACAAUGUCAUGCAUUUGGAUGUUUCCCUCGUAUUAAGAUUGUACACAAGCCAGAAUGGCUUGAUCGUCAAAUAUACAUCCCAGAGAUAAAUUGGAUUCUUAUGGUUCUCUGUCUGACUGUCACAGUGGGUUCUCAAGACACGAUUCAUAUUGGAAACGCUUACGGGACUGCAUUCAUGACUCUGGUAUUCACGACUACAUGUUUGAUGUCAUUGGUCAUCAACUUUGUCUUGCAUAAGAGUAUCAGUGUUGCCCUUUUAUACUUCUUAUUCUUUGGAAUAAUAGAAAUCAUCUUCCUUUCAUCUUCUUUUAUGAGAAUUCCCAAUGGCGGAUGGGUUCCUCUUGUGCUUUCUGCAGUCUUUACGUUCAUAAUGUUUAUUUGGCAUUAUGGGAGCAAGAAAAAGUAUUUAUAUGAUCUCCAUAACAAAGUACCCAUGAAAUGGAUUCUCACUCUGGGUUCUGAUGUUGGUUUUGUAAGGGUUCCCGGAAUUGGCCUUAUCUACUCAGAGUUAGCUAGUGGUAUCCCAUCCACAUUUUCUCAUUUCUUAACCAACUUACCAGCAUUUUACCAGGUUGUUGUAUUUGUCUGUGUUAAGAUUGUUCCUGUGCCUUUUGUCCCCCAAAAGGAGCGGUAUCUUAUUGGUCGGAUUGGCCCCAAAUCUUAUCGAAUGUAUCGUUGCAUUGUUCGAAAUGGCUACAAGGAUGUCAAAGAAAAAGAAGAUGCAUAUGAUGCUGAGAAUGCACUUGUGAUGAGCAUAGCAGAGUUCAUCCAACUGGAAGCUGAAGGUUGUGGCAGUCUGGAUGGUUCCACGGAUGGUCGGAUGGCAGUUGUAAGGACAUCCGAAAAGUUUGGGCAAAGAUUCAUAAUUUCAGAAUCUGAUGGAAAUGGAGAAGGCAGCAGUUCAAGCUCCACAGCAGCUGUAAGUAGCAGCAGGUCCGCUGCUUUGCAGAAACUACAAUCUAUGUAUGAGCAGGAGUCACCCAAACUAAGGAAUAGGCGGCGAAGCCAGUUGAAGCUUUCAGAUACAAAUUUCGGCAAUUUACUAGUUAAGGACGAGCUAUCAGAACUUCUAGAAGCGAAGCAUGCUGGGGUAGCAUAUGUAAUUGGUCACUCACAUAUCAAGGCAAAAUGGAAUUCCUCAUUCUUGAAGAGGCUUUCAAUAAAUAUCUUUUACUGCUUCUUGCGUAAAAACUGCCGGUCCCCUGGUGUCAUGUUGGAUAUUCCUCACAUUUCCUUGAUUGAGGUGGGCAUGAACUACUAUUUGUAGAGCACUCUUCUGCCGAUAUUUCUUCUUGCUCCCAGGACGUGUUUUCUGCCAGCAAGAAAUUGCAUAUGAGUUUGCUUCUUCGAGGAUCAUAGGCUAUGUAGUUAUUUUGCAGUAUUGAUUAUAGACUGGAUUUGGUUGGUGGUAUUGUUCGAAGAGAUUGGGGAAAAUAUUUCACCGGUUGAUAAAUAAUACAUACAAACACAGAUAAGAGUUUCCAUUUGGUGAAUAGCAAGUCACCCAGUUCAUAUCCUUUUAGCAUAUAUAUUUUUUUUUGAAUUUAAGUUCAGUUUUUGUAGUAUCAGAAGAAGAUUUAUACUGAUUACCUUUGCCAAUUUUUUCUAGUUUGCUAUUCAAAGUUGAAUUUUGUGAAUUUUGUAAAUUUUUUGAAUAAUUAGUGCUUGUUGCACAUCCUUUUGAUCUUA